GUGAAGAAAGCAAUCUGAGGACCAUGCAUCCGUGACUCCUGGACCCAGCCUGUGAGCGAGGGCGAUGGAAGUUCUCGAGGGCCUCCAGCGUACUGCUUCUGUGAGCAUUCCCAAUGGAUGUGCCAACAGGAUUUCCCAAGGAAACAUGGAGGGAGGGAGCACUGAUGCCUUGGAGGCCUGUGGUGCUGAGCACUGCGCCUCUGGCGACGCAGUCCCCGGUGAGCAGGAGGAAACACACAGGUAUAAGAAGACAACCAAGGGCAGCCGGAUCUGGAAUUUUGUCAGACGAAGGAAAGGACUCUCUACAAAUAAAGACAGGCCUCAGUCCAUGAUUCUGCUGGGAGUUGCCUCUGAGGCACCAGAAUUAAAAAAGCCAUCUUUCAUGGACAGGGUACGCUCGUCAAAAAAGGGAAGAUCCUCCAGGACACCCAAGAACGUGGAUUUGAGAGCAUCCAGAGCGCAGGAUGUGUGUGACCCUGAGGAGGACCCUCAUGGCAGCGGGCAGAGGGCUGUCUACAGGGUGAGGAAGCUGGGCGAUGGCCGGCGGCCCUCCCGCCACUCCUACGCGGGGUUCAUCGAGGAUUUGGACUCUUCUUUUGAGGACAUAGAGCUGAACAUCAGCAUUCCUGAACUCGAUGCCACUGAAAGUAAAUGUCUCAGGGAUAUCAGUGGCAGAUUACACGGUGAGGAUAAUGAUGGUAACUGCCACAGAAUAGCGGCCAGGAAGAGCGAGUCUUUGAAUUUUGAACACGUUAAGAGUCCUGCAAUUACAGAAGGGGACAAUCAAAAGAGGUGUGCUGUGCUCCCACAGGAGAGCAGGAGAGGAAGGAGCUCUGAUGUCUGGAGCUAUCUGAAAGGAAUUUCAUUAGCUAGCAAAGAUAAUUCAAAGCUCCCAGAUCAAAGGGCUGAAACCAAUUUCCAGAACUUGGAAAAUACAACUGAUCAUUCCGCUUCUUACUUUGACUUUGAUACAAGAUGUGAGGAAAAUCUCAGCCAGCGAAAAAAAUCAAACGGUGCUGCCAAAGCCACUCACUUUGGGGGUGUCGUGAGGUUCCUGAGCAGCGUGGCCGAGGCGGCCCGGCGGCUGCGAGGCUCCUCCAGGGCGUUCUCCCCCGAUGAGAGGAGGCCUCAGCGCAGUUUCCGGGGCCGCAGGCAGGACGUGGCCUCCCCCAGAGAGGGCCUGGUUAUUGAGAACGAGAGCGCCAAGGCCUUCUGCACAGUGGGAGCCUGCCUGCAGUCCCCGGAUUCGGGCACCUGGGAGAACCUGAGCUUUGAGAGUCUGGGGGGGAAGGAGCCCCUGCAGCACUGCAAAACCACAGAUGGGCUGAAAGGCCUUGGUUCCUCUGGCCUGGACAGUGGCAAUGACAGGCUUAAUGAAACCUCACCUUCUCCCUUUGGGCCAGAGCCAUCCAUGUCCCAUCUGGCAGAGCUUGCACGUGGCUCUUUCACUGAGCUGAACAGCAAAGAUCACUCUGAGGAUCUGGUUGAACUUGCACAGAUGACUCUGGCUGAACCAGUGGAGGACUUAGGCACUAAUCCAGAGAAGACCCAGGUCAUGGCCAGGGACCUGCCACCUUCUCAUGAUCUUUCUGUGAAUAGUCCGGAUACUGUGGAUCUGGCCUGUUCUCCAGCUGCCAGUGGGGACUUUUCUGCAGAAACUGAAAUGCAGACUCACCUUCCACAGGCAUCACCAACUAAACUGGAUUCUGGAGAUGUGGCUUGUGCCCCAGUGGUUGCUAAAGACAUAGCUUCAUCUCCAACAGUAGCUCAGGAGUUUUCAGAGACAGAACUGGAUAAUCAGGACUUGAGAAAUCCUGAGCUGCCUUUGCAAAACUUGUCUGGAAGUGAGCUGGAGUUUCAAGACACGGGCAGUACUCUGGAGAGGGUCGUGGGCAGGGACCUGGCGCCUUCUCCUGAUCUUCCUGUCAGUAAUCUGGAUGCUGCAGGCCUGGGCUGCUCUCCAGCUGCUGAUGGUGCCUUUCCUGCAGUGACUGAGGCUCAGGCCCACCUUGCACAGACAUCACUGGCUAAACUUGAUACUGAGGACGUGGCUUGUGCCCCAGCGAUUGCUAAAGACAUGGAUCCAUCUCCAGCUGCGGCUCAGGCAAUUUCAAGGACAGAACUGGAUAAUCAGGACUUGAGAAACCCUGAGCUGCCUUUGCAAGACUUGUUGGGAGGUGAGCUGGGGAUUCAGGACCUGGGCAGUACUCCAGAGACAUCACAGGCUGUGGGCAGGGAUGUGCCACCUUCUCCUGAUCUUCCUGUGAAUGAGCUGGGUCCUGCAGACUUGGACCAUUCCUCAGCUGCCAAUGGUGACUUCUCUGCAGCACCUGAGGCUCUGAUCCACCUGCCCCAGGCAGCUGUGACUGAAGAGAAGCAAGACACUGUCAGCACUCUGGAGAAGAGUCAGGUCACAAGAGACAGGGACCUGCCACCUUCUCACGACAUUCCCGAGAAUAUUCUGGAUGCUGCGGACAUGGGCUGUUCCGCAGUUGCCGACGUGGACUUUUCUGUAGUGACUUUUUUGAAGUGUUCCACAGUGAAAAGGCAGGGUUUGGAACAGCCUGGUGGCCGCAUUAAAAAGCGGGGAGCCGCUUCAUUUGUGGAACAAAACUCUGUGGAGGUCAUGGACAGAGUGGAAGAGUUUGACUGCAGCACAGAGUGCAGGCCCUUCCAGGUGCACGUCUCGAGGAUUGUUGCUUCUGGACGCCUCAAAAAUGGAAAGCCGACGUCUCCCCCUGCUCAGCCGUCCCCGCAGGCAGAGCCCUUCAAGGCGCUGGUGGAGCGCUGCCGCUCGGAGCCGCUGUCACAGAGCACCCCCAUGGGGCUGGACCAGCUGGGAGGGCGCAUGCAGCACCUGCUCCGCAGGCGUGGUGAGUCUGAGAACGAGCAGGCUUCAAAGACCCUGAAGGUGCGCGGGAACUGCAGGAACGGCGGCCGUCGAUGGAACCUCUUCAAGCCUGGAGCUGAGAAGCUGCAGAUCAGUCGGGUGGAGGGAACUGUGACGUUUCCCAUCGCCUUCAGAUGUGCUCCCUGGUUUUGA